AUGCGGGGGCUCCUGCUCUGCACACUCCUGGGCGCUGCUCUGGCUCAGUUCUGCUGCAGGGCACAGGGCGGUGGGCCCUUAGACGCGCCACCUGAAGGGCCUAGGGAAGUGGCAGAGGUGCACCCGCGGAAACAGGUCUGUCAUUGGCCCUGUAAGUGCCCUCGCCGGAAGCCCAGCUGCCCUCCUGGGGUGAGCCUGCUGAGGGACGGCUGUGGAUGCUGCAGAAUCUGUGCCAAACAAGCAGGGGACGUCUGCAACGAGGCCGAGCUCUGCGACCCGCACAAAGGGCUGUACUGCGACUACUCGGCCGACAGGCCUAGGUACGAGACCGGAGUGUGUGCGUAUCUUGUAGCUGUGGGAUGUGAGUUCAACAGGGUACAUUAUCACAAUGGCCAAGUCUUCCAGCCCAAUCCUCUGUUCAGCUGUCUCUGUGUGAGUGGGGCGAUUGGAUGCACACCUCUGUUCAUACCAAAGCUGGCUGACAGUCGCUGCUCUGGGGCUGAAGGUGGGAAGAAGUCUGACCAACCAAACUGUGGCCUGGGACCGUUCCAACAACAGCUCUCAACGAGCUACAAAACAAUGCCAGCUUAUCGGAAUCUCCCACUUAUUUGGAAAAGAAAAUGUCUUGUGCAAGCAACAAAGUGGUCCCCUUGCUCCAGAAGCUGUGGGAUGGGAGUGUCCAACAGGGUGACCAAUGAAAAUAGCAACUGUGAAAUGAGAAAAGAGAGAAGGCUGUGUUAUAUUCAACCCUGUGACAGUAAUAUAUCAAAGAGAGUAAAGAUCCCUACAGGAAAAACGUGCCAACCUACUUUCCAGCUCUUCAAAGCUGAAAAAUUCGUCUUUUCUGGAUGCUCAAGCACUCAGAGUUAUAAACCCACUUUCUGUGGAGUAUGCUUGGAUAAGAGAUGUUGUGUCCCUAACAAGUCUAAAAUGAUUACCAUUCAAUUCGACUGCCCAAAUGAAGGGUCAUUUCAAUGGAAGAUGCUGUGGAUUACAUCUUGUGUAUGUCAGAGAAACUGCAGAGAUCCAGGGGAUAUAUUUUCUGAGCUCAAGAUCCUAUAAAACCAAAUUUAUAUGGGAAAAGUGAAGUUCAGGUAAUCAUGUCAUUACAUCAGAAAAUCAGAAUGGUUUUAAAGGAUGGCAAAUCUACCUUAUUGAUUUGUAACAGUAAGAACACCUGCCCAUUCUCAUAUGACUGUAUUUAAGGCAACAGAAGCUUUUAAAAAGGUUUUCUUAAAGCUAAAAACCUUAAAAGUGAACUCUUUAAAAUGUAAAAUUAUGAAAUACACAGA